UUCACUUAUCAUCUCACUGAAAUAACUGCAACACAAAGUUUCGCAAGUGUCCCGUUUUCUUCAUUGUCCCAUCAUCCAUUAGAAGCACAAUUGAAGUGAUUUAUUUUGCUGAUUAUUUAGAAUUAGUUUUAUGAAACUAACAUUAUAAAUUACUGAAGAAUUGAUGAUGUUCAGUCACAAGUAUUCAUGUCGAUUGUUUUUAAUGGUAGGCCAAUGGAGGUAUCAUUAUGACUUGAUCAUCAUGAGGAUGAUGACUUCAUUACGAUUAGGAUUUAUGUUUAUUAAGAUUGGUACUUCUGGAUCUGCAAAGUAUUUUUUUUGCCAACCUUGCUUGGGGUGUUUAUAUAUUAUUGUUGAGCCUUAUAGUUUUGCAGGUUUUCACUGCAUAAUUAUUAAUAGGUAUAUGCAAAUUAUUUCGUCUAAAUAGCUCUUUGACCUUAAUGAAGCACCUCCAUUGGAGCAGGCAUCUUUAUAUAUGUAGGAAAGGUAAGAUAUCUUUUUAUUCUUCUGUUUGUCCAGGGACUUCUAUAUAUGUUAGCUUUGUGAACCGUGAAUUUCAUAAGGCCUUUUAACUUUUUGUAUUUCUUGCUGUGCAAAUACUAAUCCUGGUUCACAUUCUUUUAACCUUAUAAUCUUGUGUAUGAAUGAUGAAUAACAAAAAUCUUCCUAGCACUAUUCAUAGAUUAUGUUGCUUAUCCAUUACAGAGUCUGUUGGUAUAUUGUCAAGUGUCUAAUUGUUUCGGACAUAUAUUAUGCUCUUUAGCAACUGUGAGAAUCUGAAAAUAGGAUGCUAUGAUUUUGAUGUCACUGCUUAUAGAAAUCUUUUGCAACCACUAGCUCUUUUACAUUGCAUUUUUUAAGUCAACCUUUCAGUUCGUUGAUUCUUUUGUAUUGAUAAGUGUCAAUACAACCUGGCUGGUUGCUUGCCCGUCAGACCCAUCUCUACCGUUCCACUAGAAUCCUUUGUUCUGCAUAAGAAAUCUUUUCAGCUUAAUGUUAUUAUUUAAGUUUACUUCUCUUAAAAAAAAAUUUCUUGACAUAUUUAUUAGAGUGCCAAAGCUUAUGGUGGAUUAUGUUCUUAGCUUAGGUGCUUAUAUACAUGCAAAAAAAAAGUGCUGGUCACUAGGUUUUCACAUGGCAACUUUAGCUUUUAUGUAUUGCACUAUUUGGAAUGUUGGUAGUGUUAUCAUCUUAAUGUUGGUUAUAUGUUGCAAUUAACACUCUGUUACUUAGGACUGGGCUGCCAUAUCACAUGUUUUGUCAGGCUAUAAAAAAGCAGGAUGGAUGUGAUUUCUGAGCAGCUGUCGCUAUAGGGGGGCAUUUUUUCAUAUGGUAUGAUGGGACGUUCCGUGUUUGACAAAUCAUGCGCCCAGUGUUUGUUGGUGUGUAUGGGAAAUGGAGUCAAGCUAAAAUAUACCUGCAGCAUUUUGCUAAUCGUCAUGAGAUACUGAGGAAUUUAGUAUGGGCAACAUCAAAGCACGAUGUCUACAUGGUGCAGAACUAUUCUGUUAUGCAUUGGUCAUCACUGCUAAGAAGAGGCAAAGAGGUGCUCAAUGUUGCAGGGAAAGUUGUACCUACCCAGAAGCACUGUGGAUCUUCUCCUCAGCAGCUAUCGAGAGUACACAUAAGUACAAUGUCUGUAAAAGGCAAUCUAUUGGUUGCUGGUGGAUUUCAAGGCGAGCUUAUAUGCAAGUCCUUGGAUCAACCUGGAGUAACUUUCUCUACUAAAUUAAACGAUGAUGGUGACAUCACCAAUGCGGUUGGCAUCCAUCGGUCUUCAAGUGGGUCUAUUCAAGUGGUGACUUGUGGCAAUGAUUGCUUUGUGAGGAUGUUUGAUGCCGAGACAUUUGUCCAACUAAGUCGCCUAUCUUUCUCCUGGUCCGUUAAUAACAUGGGUAUUAGUCCGGAUGGAAAGCUUCUUGCUGUCCUCGGAGAUGACAUAGACUGUCUGAUGGUCGAUACUCAGUCUGGGAAAGUGAUAGAAAACCUCAAGGGACAUCUCGACUAUUCCUUUGCAUCUGCUUGGCACCCAGACGGUCACAUCCUGGCCACGGGGAGCCAAGACAAGACGUGUCGGCUGUGGGAUGUGAGGAACACUUCAGAAUCCCUGGCGGUGCUCAAAGGAAAAAUAGGGGCGAUACGGAGCAUAACUUUCUCAACAGAUGGAAGGUUCAUGGCAAUGGCUGAGCCAGCAGACUUCGUUCAUGUGUAUGAUGCAAAGGCAGAUUAUUGGAGGGCCCAGGAGAUCGAUCUGUUUGGAGAGAUUGCUGGGUUGUCGUUCAGCCCUGAUGCUGAUGCGCUCUUUGUUGGCGUAGCAGAUCACACCUAUGGGAGUCUGUUAGAGUUCAGCAGAAGGAAGCAUGACCAUUACCUCAAUGCGUUUCUAUGAUCCGAGGGAACGGCAACGUUCGUGGAAGUUACUUGUGCGUUGUAUAUAGAUAGGGAGCAGAUCAGAUUUGUAAGGUUUUUCAUGCAACACAUAUACUUCUCUGUACAUACGUCGUUUCUGUUCAUCUCUUAGUUUGUAGAUUAGAAUUUAUGA